AUGAAAGUUAUUUAUUGGACGAUCUUUCUAAAACUGAUUCUAGUACUUAGCGUUAGAGGAAAACUAGAUUUGGACUUAUUUCAAAACCUAGUUAAUAUUGAUAUUGAAUUUCUUAACAUUUAUAAAAACAAAAUAAAAGAAAAAUUUGUGAAGAAUGCCGAUACACUAGUAUAUGAGCAUAUAAGCAAAAAUAUAAACUUAAAAAAAAAUUAUGUCGAAACAACUAUUAAGGGUAAUUUGAAAAAUAUAGGUGAAAAUGCUACAGAGAAGUUUAUCUUUUUGUUACCCUACCAUGAGGCUUUUCAGUCCACGUGCCUCCGUGUUAAAGACGAAAAGGACAACAAACUGAGUUACGCAAUUGUAAAGAAUACUGAGGAUGUAGACAAGUUAAAAAUAGACAAGUUCAAUUAUGAUUACAAUAUAGAAGAUUUUGAAAUACAAAUAUACGAAAUAACAUUAAGUAAACAAUUAGAAAAAGAGGAGCAAGUGAGUGUGGAAUUCUGGUAUGUGCUAGGUCAACCGUUUUACCCUUUUCCAGUUGAUAUAAAUUUAUUAGAAAGACAGAACGUUAUGUUUUAUUUAUCAUCCCGAAUUUUACUGCCAUAUAAGGUCGAAGAAAGUGAAGAAAUAAAAAUAAAUCUAUGUAAAGGUUGUUCAGUUGUUGAAAUAGACGAUUCAAAUUUUCUCAAAGGAUUUGAAAAGAUAAAUAACAAUACAUAUGUUAGUCAUAAAAAAAAAGAAAAUUUAAAAAGUUUUUCCCUAGGUAAUAAGGUAUUAUUUUAUUUUGUUUUAGAUUAUAAUUUAGGCUAUUUUGAAAAGGUAACAAAGGAUAUAAUGAUAUCACAACUAGGUUUUAUUUAUGAAAAGGAAGAUUAUAUAUUAAAAAAUAAUUCUGCUCGAAUAAAUAAUUUUGAUAGGUAUGUUCUUAGUGAUUAUGAACAUAAAUAUACAUCCAAAGAGAAAAUAAAACAAAACAAGACUAGUAUUAUUUACUCAAUGCAAGCAAAUAUGAAUUAUAAUAUUUAUGAAUAUAAUUAUUUUGACGAUAUAGGCAAAAUUUAUUUAAUAAAAGGGAAAGAAUUUUAUGAUCAAAAAAAAAAAAAGAGUAUUAUUAAAUUUUAUAUAAAACCAAGAUACCCACUUUUGGGUGGUUGGUCAGCAUAUUUUUCCAACUCGUUUUAUCAUUAUUCAAAUUUAUUUAAAAUUAAAAAUAAAAAAAAUUAUUAUGCAUAUAAAAUUGACAUAUCACCAUCUAUUAAAUCCUUUUAUAUUAAAGAACUGAACAUCAGAAUUACUUUACCCCCUUACUCGAAUGACAUUUCUCUAAGUAAUCAUUAUAACAAUUUCAGCAUUCAUACAAGAAAAAAAAAGGCAUGGCUCGAUAUAUUUACUUUUAGAAAUGUAAUUGAACUGCAAAUUAAAAAAUUCUUUCCUACUUUUGAAGAGAAUUAUUAUCAAAACUUUCUUGUAAUUUACGAAUUCAAGUUUUUUAAUAUUUUUUUGAAACCUCUUCUUAUCAUAUUGAUCUCCUUUAUCUUCAUUCUGAUUUUCUACUGCCUGAGAGACCUGUCCCUCAACUUUAACACUGUGAACGAAAAUUUAAUGCAGAAGGAGGAAAAUGAAUACAAAAUUUUCCAGGACAAAUGUAAAGAGUUAUACGAGAAUUUAUCGUAUAUAUCAGACAAUUUAAUUCAGAAUUUGAAUAAUUUAUCCCCACAAGAAAAGAUGAGACUGAAAGAGGAGCUACUAAAAGCAGAGGAGAAAUGGACAUACGAUUUUAUCUAUUUCACUAAAGAGUUUUACAGAAAUUUUGAAAACUCGACAAGGAAAAAACUGCUGCAAAACUACAUCGACAAGUGCUUUAAUUAUCACUCUGUUAUUAAGAAGUAUUUUGAGGCGCAGUUGUCAAACAGUCUGAAUAUUAAUUUAAAUGAGAUUGCCCAAGCCGAAAAGAAACUUCUUCUUUUGUUGAAGUACUAUCCGGAAUUGAAGAUGAAAACUUCCUAA